GAAAGAGUCGGUUGUGAUAGUCGCUCAGCCUCGACACGUCACUGUUGUUUGCUGAGCAGCUCCGUGCGCAGUCGCCGGGUGAUCCCCCUGAGAAUGAUCCUGAAGGAAGUCAGGGAUGACCUGAUGACCGCUUCCUGUGUCAUUCACCUGCUUCCGUAUCAGCCACUCAACCGGGUCACUCUGCCCCCUGCUGGAGGAUUUUAAACAUCACACAAUCCGGACCGCCGCUCAUCUACUCACGCUGUUCAACAAAUCUAAGGGACUUGAACCUUUCGCUGACCAAGAAGAGCCAUGUAUUGCCUCCAGUGGCUGCUUCCUGUGCUGCUCAUCCCCAAACCCUUAAAUCCUGCAUUGUGGUUCAAUCACUCGAUGUUCAUGGGCUUCUACCUGCUCAGCUUCCUGCUGGAGAGGAAGCCCUGCACCAUCUGUGCCUUGGUCUUCCUUGCUGCCCUCUUCCUCAUCUGUUACAGUUGCUGGGGUAACUGCUUUCUCUACCACUGCCAGGAUGCUGCGCUGCCCAACGCAGCGCACGACCCUGCCAUUGUGGGAACCUAGAGUGGCGGCAGUGGAAAUGCUAGCAAAGUGAAUUAUGCUGGAAGAAGAGACAGGCUGGAGGUGGCGAGCAUGUGGAUUCACUUUUCCGAAGAAGAAUGUGAGCGAGGGGUUUGACGACUCGGACUUCAUAAACCACGUGGAGCAUUACGCUGUCCAGUAUUCAUGGUCAUGACCGAGUGGAAAUGUUUUUGGUCUCAUAGCAACCGCCGAGCACAGUUCGGGAUCUCUUUACCAAUGUUCUUGCACCGAGACUUUAGCCCCCUCAAACUGCCAAAAAUGUUACCAAACAAACGGUGCUCCUCAGGGCGCAGUCACUCCCCACUCGGAUGCUGAACACCUCGAUGUUUUUAGUUCCGCCUGGAGCAGGAACGCACACCCAGACUGGACAAUCAGUAACUGCUGUGAAUUACCCCGCACCAUGACUCACCUGGUGUGGCUUCGACGGUGGAACUGUUGCUCUGCUAUCCUCCUCCCUCGCCCUGCUUCUACCACCAGGACAUUUUAAUACCUUUUUGUUCUCCUGCUGUUCUGGUGCAUGAGUUCCCAUCAAAUAUGUUUCUUUCCGAUUUUUAAAUGCUGAACGUUUCCAAAGGGGGUGAGUGUACAUGUAUGUUUGUGGUCACGACACGCUGAGAAGUGGGGUGGCGUCAUCCAGGAAGUGAUCAGUAUUCCCUGGAUUUUUUUAGCAAUAUGAACCCUACAGUGGGUGGGGCUAGUGUCAAAUGGAAAUGAAGCUGGUUUGUCACUGUUUUAAAGUUUGGUGUUGAACUAAUGCGUGUGUGUGAGCUGUCACAGUGCUGAGUCCACCUCCACACUCACAUUGGUUUUAAUUUAAAUAAAGUUUUCCUCUGAAAACUGUUGGCUUUUA